AUGGGCGGACACACAGGCAGAUGGGCAGGAAGAUUGAGAGAUGGGCAAGCAGACAGAAGGGCAGACAGACGGACCGACAGAUGGGCAGGCAGACAGAUGGACAAGCAGACAGAGAGAUGGGCAGGCAGAUUGACAGAUGGGCAAGCAGACAGAGAGAUGGGCAGGCAGAUUGACAGAUGGGCAAGCACACAGAUGGGCAGAGAGAUGGGCAGGGAGAUGGGCAGGCAGACAGAUAGAUUGGCAGGCAGACAGAAAGAUGAGCAGACAGACAGAAAGGUGAACGGGCAGACGGACAGACAGUUGGAUAAGCAGACAUGA